AUGGGCUCUCUAAGGUCAUUCAUCAAGGCAGUCCGUAAAGCCAAGACGAUUGCUGAUGAACGUGCAGUGAUCCAAAAGGAAUCAGCGGCAAUUAGAACUUCGUUCAGAGAUGUCGGUCUUGACCAAACAACAAGGCGAAUCAAUAUAUCCAAGUUGUUGUACUUGUAUAUCAUGGGAGAAAAGACUCACUUUGGUCAGGUGGAGUGUCUUAAGCUACUUGCAUCUCCUAGGUUUGCUGAUAAGCGAUUGGGAUACUUGGCGUGCAUGUUGAUUUUGGAUGAAAAUCAAGAGGUUUUAACCUUGUUGACAAAUUCAUUGGAUAAUGACAUGCAGCACCAUAAUGCAUACAUUGUUGCAUUGGCGCUCUGCUGUCUUGGAAACAUUGCAUCUCCAGAAUUGGCUCGUGACUUGUAUACCAAUGUGGAAACCAUCCUCGACUCCAAAAACAACUUUUUGAGAAAAAAGGCCUGUAUCGUUGCCGCAAAAUUGGUGGAGAAAGAGCCUGACUUGUCAGAAUUCUUUUUACCAAAAGCAUUGGACUUGAUCAAUGAAAAAAAUUCAUCGGUGUUGUUGGGUACAUUGAGAUUGAUUGAAGCUUUGUAUUAUGUCUCAAAUGAAAAUCGACCAGCUUUGACAAAGGCUAUUCCCAAGAUUGUUGGUCAUUUGAAAAGAGUAACAACGAUGGGCUAUCAACCAGAUUACGAUGUUAUGGGUACGACCGAUCCAUUUUUGCAAGUUAGCUUGUUGUCGGGUAUUAGGACAUUGGCCAUUGAUUUACCAUUUUCCGAAGAGAUUAACGAUAUCUUAACACAGGUUGUGUCAAAUUUGGAUAGUGGCAAAAACGCUGCCAAUGCAAUUUUGUACGAAUGCGUCAAGACGAUAUUCGCAAUUCAAUCUGAUCAAUCGCUCAAGAUUUUGGGAGUUAAUAUUUUGGGUAAAUUCCUCGCUACAAAGGACAACAAUACACGUUAUGUUGCUUUGGAUACCUUGUUGAGUAUUGUGAAUAUUGAACCUUUGGCCGUUCAAAGACACAGAUCGACAAUUGUCAACUGUUUAACCGAUGGCGAUAUCUCCAUCAGGAGAAGAGCUUUGGAAUUGUCGUUUGGUAUUAUAAACGAACAGAAUAUAAGAGUAUUGGCUAGAGAAAUUCUCACCUUUCUAGAAGAGUGUUCCGAUCAAGAGUUGAAGUCAUAUGUCACUUCACAAUUGACUAUAGCCGCCAGCAAGUUUUCACCAAAUGACAAAUGGCAUUAUGAUACGUUGAUCAGGACACUCAAGGCAGGAGGCAACGCCUUGACACCAGAUAUCACUUCCAAUAUACUUGCUUUGAUAUUACAAUGCAAUGACCAAGAAUUGAAAAAGCAUGUUGUUCUGAGGUUGUUUGCCUCUUGUUUGGAAGAUGAAAACCAAUUUGCAUUGGCGUUAGUGACGACCUGGACUUUGGGUGAAUAUGGUGAUUUGAUAUUAGGUACGCUGGUUGAAGCAGGUGAGAAAUCAGAACAAGUUACUGAAGGACGGAUUGUUGACUUGUUUGAACAAUUGCUUGAUAAUUCAACCUACUCGGCGCAAGAGCUUUUGCAAUUGACCGCAUAUGUAUUAACAUCAACGUUGAAGUUGUCGGUCAAAUUCAAAAACUCACUGGUGAUAGAACACUUGAGGCGAAUCAUCAACUCCAAAACAUACGACUCGAAUUUGGAAAUACAAAUUAGAGCAGUAGAGUAUCAGGAGAUUUUUGGCCAAGAUGCAGCAUUGAAACGCGGUUUACUUGGAAAAAUGCCGGCACCACCGGUCAAGGAGCGUGAAUCGUUGAAACUACACAAGACAAGCAAUCAUCAUAAGAGGAACGAAGGUGGUGGUAGUGGGACUGCUUCUGCAGCUAUUUCAACAAACUCCACCCAGGAUGAUUUAUUGUUGGACUUGAUUGAGAAUGAUGAUGCACCAGGGACAGCUAGUAAUGAUAUACUAUCGGAUAUAUUUGGCGAUAGCAAUCCCAAGAGCCAAAGCUCGAAUAACUUUAAUGGUGCUAGUGCAAAUGAGAUUGUUGCGUUUGAGAAUGCAAAUGUAAAAGUCUCAUUCGUACCAAAACAGUUCAUUACAGGAGAUGCCAUCGUUGAAGCAAUCAUUGUUUCCAAAUCAUCAACCAAGAUCGAUCAAUUCCAACUUUUAAUAGCAGUUCCAAAAACACAAAAGCUAAACAUCACAUCGACUUCUGGUGGUGACACUUUGAUAUCCAGACAGAGCCAAAUUCGCCAAGUGUUGAAAGUUUCGGGCAAACCAGGAUCCAAGUUGAAACUUAGAAUCAAGCUCAAGUACAGGCUAGAAGGGGAUGCUAUCGUUGAGGAUCAAUUUGAUUUUGCUGGGUUUAAGGAAUCGUUGUAG